AUGUGCCGGGUAAAAGAUAUGAUUGACUACAAUGCAAGGAGUGAUCUCCUUGCACGGAAAGAGUCGACGAUUGUCCCAAUUGCGAUUUCUGCCAGAAAGUUACGACAAAGCUUAAUGAUGUAUGGAGCACGUCAUGGGGUUGUGGAUGUGGGUCGAGGAAUCCGCUUUACAAUUGCAGGUCCGAGGGCAGAACCCACAGUCAUGACAAUCGUUACGAAACUGAUUACAGUGAAGACAUCUGGUGUUGCAGCGGUGAUUUGUGCAAUUCGAGCUCAACCACAGCCUUGCUUCUCUCAUCGAUUCUCACUCUUGUCG